AUGCUGGCCUGGCGCCCCGGGCUCAACCAGUCGGGCCCCACGGAGUUCGUGUUCCGCGUGCUCACGGCCGCGCCCGAGCUGCAGGUGCUGCUGUUCCUGCUGUUCCUCCUGCUCUACCUCCUGAUCCUGUGCGGCAACGCGGCCAUCAUCUGGGCGGUGAGCACGCACAGCGCCCUGCACAGCCCCAUGUACUUCCUCCUGGGCAGCCUGUCCUCGCUGGAGAUCUGCUACACCUCGGUGGUGGUGCCGCCGAUGCUGUCCAACAUCUUCGGGGCCCAGAAGCCCGUUCCCGUGGCUGGCUGCGGGGCCCAGAUGUUCUUCUUCCUCACCCUAGGCGGGACUGACUGCUUCCUCCUGGCCGUCAUGGCCUACGACCGCUACGUGGCCAUCUGCCACCCUCUGCACUACGUCCUGAUCGUGACCCGCAAGCUGUGCGUGCAGAUGGUGGUGGGCUCCGUGGGCCUCGCCGUCUCCCUGUGCCUGCCGCUCACCGCCCUGGUCUUCUCCCUGCCCUUUUGUGGGCGCCGCAGGGAGAUCAACCACUUCCUCUGCGACGUGCCCCCCGUCUUGAGGCUGGCCUGUGCGGACACCCGCGUGCACCAGGCCGUGCUCUACGUCGUGGGCAUCCUGGUGCUGACCGUGCCCUUUCUGCUCAUCUGCGUCUCCUACGGGUUCAUCGCGGUCGCCAUCCUGCGCAUCCGCUCGGCCGAGGGCCGCCGGCGCGCCUUCUCCACGUGCUCCUCGCACCUCACGGUGGUCCUGCUGCAGUACGGCUGCUGCAGCCUGGUCUACCUGCGGCCGCGCUCCAGCACCUCGGAGGACCAGGACCGCCACCUCGCCCUGGUCUACACGUUCGCCACCCCCUUGCUCAACCCGUUGAUUUACACGCUGCGGAACAAGGAGGUCAAAGGUGCCCUGCGAGGGGCCGUCCACACCGGGGCCGCGAGGCCCGCUGAAGGCCCAGGGAGCGUGCUGGGCGGCGCCCCACAGGUCAGCUUGCAGCGUAGGCAGCUCCGAGCUGCCCGGGGCUCUUCCCUACGCUCCGCCUGGUACCACUUUUGUCCUGUGGGAGCCUGGGGCCGCAGGCUGCGUUUGUUUUCUUAA